AUGAAAUUAUUAAAUAUUUUAAUUGCUAUUAUUUUAACCAUUUUCGUUAGCUCAUCAUAUGCUGCAUGUCCAACUGGUCAAGAACUCUGUGGCACUCGUUGUUACAAUCCAGUCACCCAAUAUUGUUCAUAUCCAGAAAACAUUGUCUGCCAAUUCGGUCAACAACUCUGUGGUCUAAAAUGUUAUACCCCAGGUUCUGGUCAAACUUGCAAUCAACCAGGUGACCUUAUUUGCCCACCAAGCUAUAACCCAUGUCCAAGUAUGACCAAAUGUUAUGCUUCAUUAACUGGUAAUCCAAAUUGUUAA